UCUCUUAGUCAGGCGGGAAACAAAGAAGCCCACUCAUUUCCCGAAAUAACCGUUUAUGACGAGGUCUUCAAUCCUUGUAUUUCGCAGAACUGUUAUGAGACUGCUAGGAGUACUGCAGUAGAUGGACUUCCUUUCUAUGUUUAGCCAGAAAUUGUAAAAACCAGCUGUCUCUAACCUCAGCAUCCACGAAACAUUCCUCUUCCCCUCAAAAACCGAAUCAUUUAUCCACGCCUUCUCCUAUAAAACCAACCACCUUUCCCUCUUCCGUACAAUCAUCCCUACUCUCUCUCUCUCUCAUCAGUUUCCUCUCUCUCCUCUCCCUCAACCCCUUCAUCCCUCCCGCAACCCUUUCUGUUUUACUGGGUUUCGGGUCUUUCUUCUUGCUUCUUGUUGUGUACACAGUACAUACCUAUAUACGUUCAAGUACUGUAAGUUGCAUAUAAUGGUCCAAGAUUUGUUUUUUUGAGGAAAAUUUCAAUUGGGUUCUGUUUGUGUUCUCCAGAUUUUUUAUUUUGGGUGGUGUUAUUGUUUCCAAUGGUUUCUAAAUCUCUUAUUAUCUCAGGUAGUAUUACACAAUCUCUAUGACUUUCACCACCCUAUUGCACAUCUGUCUUCUUCAAUCUUUCUCGAUCGUCUUUCUUUAUUGGUUCUAUGUCUUCUCGUGAAUCAAUCGCAUUAAACUCUUUGAUUGUUUGCUUCAAACCCGCAACCCUUAUUCACAUUGUUCCUUCUAAAUCCAACCCUUUUAUUAAAUUUCCGUGUCCCAAAUAAAUUCUUUUGAAUAAAUGCGAAAUCCUUCCUUCUAAAAUCAGUUCUUUUCUACCCUUCUAUUGAAUUGCAAAUUACACCUACAUUCCGUAAAAAAAUCAACUCUUUUUCAUUCUAUAUCCAAUUCUUACGAACCCUUUUAUUCAACUGUUAAUUUCCUCAUAUAUAACUGUUCAAUAAUCACAAUGUCAACCCCGAGACAAACCAGCAGUAGCUCUGUCACAUCUGCGGAUGAACUGAGAUACACGGGGAUGGAUGAGAGGAGGAGGAAGAGGCUGAUUUCCAAUCGAGACUCCGCGAGGAGGUCGAGGAUGAGGAAGCAGAAAACAAUGGAGGAUUUAGCCAAUGCAGUGACAAGACUCAAGAGUGAAAACAAUGGCCUUGUGGGAAAAAUUGAUAAAGCUGCAGAGGGGUACACGGUGAUUGUAGCAGAGAACAAUGUGUUGAGGGCUCAAGCAGCGGAAUUGACCGCAAGGUUGACGUCCUUGAACAGUUUCCUGGAUAGUUUUCAGUUCGAUUUUGACAGUUCUUAUAUGCUUGAUCCGUUGCUCCUUCCGUGCCCAUCGCAGCCUAUCAUGGCUUCUUUCAAUCAUGAAUAAUGCAGCAUUGUCAACAGGCAUUGGGGGUUCGUUCUGUUGCUUUAGUUUUUUCUAUGUUGACGAUAUUCUUCCGUCUUCAUUUUUCUGGGGUCUUGUUUCUUAGUUUGGUUUUUGAUAGUUAUGACUGUGGGUUGAAGAUUGUGUUGAGAUUAUUGUGACUUAUUCUGACAUAGCCAUUUCUAGCUCUUUCGAAUUGGCCAUUAAAUGAUUGAAUUUUUUUGAUUUGGUGGGCAUCAUUGUUUAAAUCAUGUAGACAACGAUAAUCAGGGUAGAAAGGCAAUGGGAAGAGGUGAUACUGGAAAAUUGGCCUAAUAAAAUUUUGAAGAAGUGGCAUUUACCGCUCUCUCUCUUUCUCUCUCU